ACUCAGAGGCUCUCCCUCUAAUAACAAUCAGAAGAUACUACUUCAGAAGACAAUCAUUUGGGCAGCAGGCUGAGGCCUUGUAGAUGGUCAAAGUCAAGGUCAAAAUGGAAGGAGAAGAAAUCUUUGGGCUUCUAAAGACCACCAGCCUCUUGAAAUGGCCCCCAUUGAUUCCCUUCCAUAGUUCCCAAAGAGUCCUUGAGUACUCUCUGACCCUCUUGAGCUUUAAUGCUGAAGAUGGAAAAGUGAAACGUGGUUACUUUGUUCAGACAUGGAGGUCGUUGCUGCAUUCCAAUGAAUUGGAAAGCUUUGGCAUGAGAAGUCACAGCCACUUCAUCAGUGUAUUAGCUCAAGGGUUUAACAGUAAUGCCGGGAACAUAUGCGAAGCAAAAUGGAGUCAGUUUUCUGCAAUCAUAAAGGAUAACUGGAGCAGUCAAAGAACACAUAGAAAUCUGGAGAAAAAGCUAAAUGACCACAUACUCAAAUCUCUUUUUAUGAAUAACCAAUUCUGGCUAACAAAAACAUUGUCAUCACGGGUUAUUAUUAGGUUACAUAAUCUGCCACAUAGAUUGAUUCCCCAAGGCUUCAAAUUGUGCAUGUUGUAUGCAUCAGAUGUUAGACAAGCACCAAAUGUUGAGUUACUUUCCCUUGCAGCUUCUCAACCUGAUUUUGUAUCAACAUGGUUCUAAUUUUUCAAUAAAGAAUUUGUAUGCAAUGUACCCUUUGCAGACCAUGAAGCCUUUAACCAUCUAUUACAUAUGUCUAAUGCUUGUCCUGGUCUGCAUCUUGGCUUUUUGCUCAGC